UUGAGCUUUCGGCAAGUAUGGAUGUGAGUGAGCAGUUGUGAAUAAAGUGUUUGACAGCAGCAAUGAAUAAUGUCGAUGACAACCAAAAAAGCGAGAGAGAUUUCAUACUUUGUUGAUCAAAGAGCAAGCAGAGAAUAUUUUUGUUUAGUUUGAAAUCAGUUGCGGUUGUAAUACGACGACGACGGCGGUGGGCGAGUGUUCGAGGCACGUUUUAUCAACUCCCUCGGAACCUUGCAUAUCGGCAAAAAAAAAAAAACAAAAAAAAUCAAGAGGUGCCAAUAUUAACAAAUUGAUCCGCACAGAUUUGGAACGCACAACAACUCACCACAUUUUGGAAAUUUAUUUACCAAAUUUUUUUUAUUGUUUCAAUUAUCAAAGCGCCAUCCAUCGUAUUCAAAUAAGUUAAAAAUGAUCUAUUACAAAUUAUCGUCACUUCGUUUUUAAAAAAUUGGGAAAAUCUAUUAACAUAUUCGAACUAUUUAUUUUUUUGCAUCAAUUUGUUAGACUUCCAAUAAAACCACCUUAAUUCACCAGUGUAUAAGAUCCAUAUAUAUUUAACUACUUAGAUUAGCAAAUAUGGGAAAGGACUAUUACAAAACUUUAGGUUUGCCUAAAACUGCCUCUGAUGAAGAAAUAAAAAAGGCUUACAGAAAGCUGGCCUUGCGUUAUCACCCAGAUAAAAAUAAAGCAGCUAAUGCAGAAGAAAAGUUUAAAGAAGUCGCUGAGGCCUAUGAAGUGCUUUCAGAUAAACAAAAACGUGAAAUAUAUGACAAAUAUGGAGAGGAUGGCUUAAAACGCGGAGGUACGCGUAAUGGCACUGGUAAUAAUAGUUCAUUUACAUAUCAAUUUCAUGGCGACCCACGGGCUACUUUCGAACAGUUUUUCGGUUCAAGUGAUCCAUUUAGUUCAUUUUUUAAUAUGGGCGAUAACUUGUUUGACACAAAAGUGUUCGAUCUUGACACUGAGAACGAUUUCUUUUCUUCACCAUUUGGCGGCUUAGGUUCCAGGCACGGGCUAGGCAGUGCAUUCAGGCCCUCAUUCAGAUCGCAUUCAUUUAAUGUGCACACACCAUUUAAGAAGGAAAAACAGCAGGAUCCUCCAGUGGAGCAUGAUCUUUAUGUUACCCUAGAGGAAAUAUAUCACGGGUGCGUUAAGAAAAUGAAAAUAUCGCGGCGCGUAGUUCAAACUGAUGGUUCUUCAAAGAAGGAAGAUAAAUAUGUUAGCAUUUCGAUCAAGCCUGGCUGGAAAUCUGGUACAAAAGUCACAUUUCAAAAAGAAGGCGAUCAAACGCAUGGCAAAAUACCUGCAGAUAUUGUAUUCAUAAUAAGAGAUAAACCCCAUGCAAUGUUCAAACGUGAAGGCAGCGAUUUGCGAUACACAGCGCGUUUAACACUGAAACAGGCUCUUUGUGGAGUGGUUUUCCAAGUUCCUACAAUGUCCGGCGAUAAACUGCGGAUAAGUACUAUGCAGGAAAUAAUUAAACCGAAUACAGUUAAACGUAUUCAAGGGUACGGUCUUCCCUUCCCUAAGGAUACAACGCGCAAAGGUGAUUUACUUGUGGCAUUUGAUAUACAAUUUCCGGAGAAAUUAACAGCCGCGCAAAAGGAAGUUCUUAGGGAUAUGUUAUGAUGAGAUGUCUAACUUUAACUGUUUGUUAAUAAAAUUCAGUUCUGUCAAUAUGAUCACCAUCGGUAGUUGAUUUUUUCUCGAUGCGAUUGUCAGUUUUAUUUUAUUUUUUUUUGGCUUUAUUAAAAAUUAAUACAAGUAUUUAACA